AUGCCUAAAAGAAAGUGUACAUUUAAUGAAAAGUUACAAAGUGAGUACACGUUCUUAAAAAAAUGUCAAAAACCGGGACAAGAAUACAAAAUUGAAUGUACUGUAUGUGGAGCAGCAUUCAGCAUUGAACAUGGUGGUAAGUCGGAUAUUACACAACAUUUAAAAUCCGAACGUCAUAAUAUAGCUGCUAGAGCGUCUAAAUCUCAAAAAGUGUCAAAUUUUUUUUCUCCAAAAACACAAUUUGCAGAUAAAGAACAAAAAUCAGCUGCAGAUGAAGGAAUUUUUGCUUAUCAUACUUGUAAACACAAUCAAAGUCUCAAUUCUAUGGAAUGUACUUCUCAGUUAGUUCGUAAAUUAUAUGAUAAAAAAUUCACUUGUGGUAGGACUAAAACAAAAUGUAUUAUCACUAAUGUAUUUUUACCUUAUGCUGUUAAUAUUUUGAAAAAAGAUUUAUUGAAGUGCAAUUUUGUAUCAAUUAUGACUGAUGCAUCUAACCAUAAUUCUCAAAAAAUAAUACCUAUUCUUGUUCGCUAUUUUGAUGAGGAUAAAUUAUUUGAUGAAUAUUAUCAUGUAGCUCAUGUGAUACAAGUUAAAAUUAUAGAAUGAAACAUUGUUCAAAAAGUCACAGAAAAAUGGUGUGAUGUAUUUAAAAUACUAGAAAAAAAUCAAAUUUCUUUCAACAACUUCUCAGUAAUUAUUGAAUACUUGUUGGCUAUUCCUGGAAAAAAUGCAUCUGUAGAAAGAAUAUUUUCAUUAACAAAUGUAUUGUGGACAGAUGAAAAAAAUCGUUUUAAUGUCGAAACUAUUAGAUCAAUAAUUAUUGCAAAACAGCACUUUAAAAACAUAACUUGUUCACAAUUUUAUGAAUUUCUUUUGAAGCACCCAAAAUUGUUAAAUUCAAUAAGUUCUUCAGAAAAAAUACGAAAAAAUAGUAGAAACUAUAUUCAUAGAUCACACUAA